AAAACCAAUCACUAGGUGUUAAUUGCUAGAAAAGAAUAUUAUGUGGCUUUUCUAAGAAGAAAAUUAUGAAAUUUUGCGUAUUUGAUAAGUACUCUUGUCAUUUCUCUUGGUAGAACCGAUAUUCGUCACGAAAGCUGAUAUAUGAAGAAGGAAAAUCAAAUAUUUACUAGAUGUAGAAUACAUAUCAAAAUAAAUUUCACAUCUGCAGAAAUGCAGGUUUUAAUAGCCAGUCAUUACUGUGAUUUAGAGUUCACCAAAGACAUUUAAAUAACUAAAACUUCUUUAGACUAAGUCAUAUUUAAGUACUCCAUUCCAAUUACGUAGUCAUGUCUAAGCAGACGCAUAUCAUGUAUAGUACGCUUUAUAUCUUGACAGCCAUUUUUGCAAGUCAAUGCUUGUGCGCCGAAAGACGGCCAUUUUAUAUUAUAGGACACAUGGUGAAUAGUAUUGGACAAAUCAAACACUAUCUUGAUUUAGGUGCUAAUGUCAUAGAGGCGGAUAUUCAGUUUCAUCCCAACGGGUCUGUUAGGGAAGUGUACCAUGGUUUUCCGUGCGACUGCUUCAGAACUUGUACAAGGAGUGCUAAGCUGCCUGAUUACUUAAAGUAUGUCCGCAAAAUAACGGACCCGUCAGAACCGAAUAGCUAUUUUAAUAAAAUGGUAAUGCAGUUCUUCGAUCUGAAACUCAGUGGUUCCGGUAAUAAAAGAAUAUCGGGUCGAGACUUAGCCAGACAUAUAUUGGAUUAUCUUUGGACUCCAGACAGAAGAAGAAGGCAAGAAGUGAGAGCGCUUAUAUAUAUUGAUUCUACUCAGGACAGAGAAGCCAUACGUGGCUUCGUAGAGGAGUUCAAGGCGCGUGGUGAAGAAUCUCGUCUGAAAGAUGUCGGAUUCGACGGUGGAUCCGGAGAUCUUAACGAAAUUCGUGGAAUGUUUAAUGAGCUUCAGGUGCAAGGCAAUAUCUGGCAAGGUGACGGUAAAUCUAACUGCUUCAGUCCUAUCUACCCAGAUGGCAGACUGAGAAGGGCAUUAGACGUCAGAGAUUCUGCUAACAGCUACAUCAGUAAGGUAUACCACUGGACUAUAGAUCUCAAGCUAAGGAUGAGGCUGUCCCUGAAUCUGGGAGUAGAUGGAAUGAUUACCAAUGAUCCAGAUGACUUAAUAGAAGUCUUGCAAGAAUCAUAUUAUAGAGAUGACUUUAGGUUAGCUACUCCUGAUGACGACCCUUUUGCUCGCUUCUAGUGCAAAUAAAAGUUUUAUAAAUCAAAAUAAGAACACGGAAGUUCUUAUUCUUAUUUAACACAUAUACUUAAAAUGUCUAUAGUUUGCGUAAUAAGAUAUAUGAUCCGGAUAUAAAUCUUUUACAUUUAAUUUAACGCAUUUAAUCUCUUUAUCUUCAAGGGAACUGCAGGCUGUCAGAAAGAACAAUUUUGAAAAUAUGUGUCUUUUUUAUACAGCAUCACUUUAUCCACGUGCAAAAGGAAAUGAAAAAAAAAAAAAGAAAGAAGAAAGAAAAAAGAAAAUAAACUUAUUUUAUUAAAAAAAAAUUAUUUUAUUUUCUUAACGAAAGUGAACAUUCUGGUCACACGCACAUGUGGAAAGAAACUGAAAACAUUAUAAAUCGCAGAGAAUUUUUUUGUCCUCGUUUAGCUAUAAGAGAAACAUUGGAAAUGUACCUUUUUAAGUGUGUCCUACUGUCAAUAAAGUUGUAAUUAGUAAGUUACUACAAGUAUAAA